UUGUAACCGUAGAUUAUUUUUGCGUGUUUUGUGGAGCUGACAGAGUUCUUCUUCUUCUUCGUCCCCAUUUUUUUCCGCCUCUCUCUCUCUAGUCUGUCUCUACCGUUAUGCUUCGGUUUUUUUUCUUUCUUUUCUUGUCAUUCUUUUCUUUUUUUUUUAAUCCUGGGUUAAGUUUAAGACUCGUUUCAUUAGAACAAAGGUUUGUAUAAAGAGCUCUCUGUCUGUAGCGAGAUUAUAAGAUCAUGGAUGUAAGCGAGCUCGAGGAGAAUUUGUUCGCUGCUAGCGAUGCCAAGUUACAUAGAGAUAUGUGCAAGGAACUAUCUGCUGUUUAUUGCAAGGUACUGUCAAUCUUCCCUUCGUUGGAAGAAGCAAGACCUCGGAGUAUAUCAGGGAUUCAAGCCUUGUGUUCUUUACACAUUGCACUUGAGAAAGCAAAGAACAUUCUUCAACACUGUUCUGAGUGUAGCAAACUUUAUUUGGCCAUUACUGGGGAUGCUGUAGUGUUGAAGUUUGAGAAAGCUAAAUCUUCACUUAUCGAUAGUCUUAGACGCGUGGAGGACAUUGUUCCUAGCUCAAUUGGGUCUCAGAUUUUGGACAUUGUUAGUGAACUAGAGCAGACCAAGUUCUUGCUUGAUCCAUCAGAAAAAGAAGUUGGUGAUCGGAUUAUUGCACUAUUGCAACAAGGGAAGAAAUUUGACAACUGCAGUGACAGCUCCGAACUUGAAAUUUUCCUCCAGGCAGCUACUAGACUCAGUAUAACUUCUUCAAGAUCAGCUCUGGCAGAGCGGCGUGCUUUAAAGAAACUCAUUGACAGGGCACGUGCGGAAGAAGACAAGCGUAAGGAGUCUAUUGUGGCUUACCUCUUGCAUCUCAUGAGAAAAUACUCCAAGCUAUUCAGAAGUGAAGUUAUGGAUGAGAAUGACUCUCAGGGUUCACCACCAUGUUCACCCACUGGUCAAGCUUCUAAUGAAGAUCGUACUCAUGCCUUUGGGCGUCAACUAUCCAAGUUUGGUUCUAUUAACUUUAAGACAAUGAACAGUAGGAAAUCAGGACAGAUGCCCAUUCCACCAGAAGAACUGAGGUGUCCCAUAUCGUUGCAGCUUAUGUGUGAUCCUGUCAUUAUUGCUUCUGGGCAGACUUAUGAACGUGUCUGUAUUGAGAAAUGGUUCAGUGAUGGACAUAACUCUUGCCCCAAGACUCAGCAGCACCUCCCACAUCUUUCCCUGACUCCUAAUUACUGCGUUAAAGGUCUGAUUGCGAGCUGGUGUGAGCAGAAUGGGAUCACAGUCCCUACUGGACCACCAGAAUCUCUUGACCUUAACUACUGGAGACUAGCCCUGUCUGACUCUGAAUCUACAAAUUCAACGUCAGUUGAUAGUAUCGAAUCGUGCACACCAAAGGGCGAUAUAAUCGUUCCUUUGGAGGAGCGUAGUGCUAUUGUUUCCCAACAACAACACAAAGAAGAAGUCAAUGUGCCUGUUGUUGGUGAUGAGGAGACUUCUGAUAUUAAUGUUCUAGAGAGGUAUCAGGACAUACUAGCAAUCUUGGACAAAGAGGAGGACUUGGCUAAAAAGUGUAAAGCAGUUGAAAAUGCAAGGCGAUUGCUAAAGGAUGAUGAAGAGGCCAGGAUCCUCAUGGGAGCCAAUGGGUUUGUCGAAGCGUUUUUGCGGUUUCUUGGAUCAGCUGUUCAUGAAAACAAUGCAGCCGCACAAGAAACCGGAGCUAUGGCUCUAUUUAACUUAGCAGUUAACAAUAACAGGAACAAAGAGUUGAUGCUGACUUCAGGGGUCAUUCCCCUGCUUGAGAAAAUGAUAUCUUGUUCCCAGUCUCAAGGGCCAGCAACUGCGUUAUAUUUAAACCUAUCCUGCCUUGAAGGAGCCAAGCCAGUGAUUGGCUCAAGUCAAGCAGUUCCCUUUUUCGUGAACCUUCUUCUUCAAGGUGAAAAAACGGAAACCCAAUGCAAGCUUGACGCUCUUCACGCCCUCUACAACCUUUCAACCUACUCUCGCAAUAUUCCCACUCUCCUUUCAUCAAACUUAAUCAAAAGCCUCCAAGUCCUUGCAUCAACAGGUGACCACUUGUGGAUAGAGAAGUCAUUAGCCGUAUUACUAAAUCUAGCAUCUAGCCGAGAAGGGAAAGAAGAGAUGAUAUCAACACAAGGCAUGAUCAGCACUCUUGCAACGGUGCUAGACACGGGUGACACGGUCGAACAAGAGCAAGCCGUUUCUUGCCUAGUGAUCCUAUGCACGGGAAACGAGUCAUGUAUCCAGAUGGUACUACAAGAAGGAGUGAUCCCGUCUCUAGUGUCCAUCUCAGUGAAUGGAAGUCCACGAGGAAGAGACAAGUCCCAGAAGCUUCUGAUGCUGUUUAGGGAACAAAGGCAACGAGAUCAGCCAUCGCCAAACAGAGACGAAGCUCCCAGGAAAACCGUAUCGGCACCAAUGUCAAUACCAGCGCCAGUUUCGGAUCCCGAGUCAGAAGUAAAACCUUUGACUAAAUCAAUCUCGAGAAGGAAAACAAUGACAAGACCAUUCAGUUUCCUCUGGAAGAAAAGCUACUCGAUCCACCAUUAAGUAUAUAUAUAGAUUGGGUUGUAACAUAUACACCCUACUACUUUAAGUUGAUCUUUUGUUUUUUUUUCAUCUUUUACCUCUUUACAAGUCGUCUUCAUAGAGAAGAGAAAUAUGUACAGGCGACGUUGUGAUCUCACCAUUUUUGUUCACUAUUCCUCUCUCACCAGAGGUAUACAUGUAGGAGAUAGCUUACUACUGAUGUAUGUAUCAGGAGGUACUUUAUAAGUUUUAUAUGAACAUUUUAUACUCCAGUGACAAGAUUA